GAGAGCUCGGCCCGGAGCCGGGGCUAGGUUGGCGCGCGGGGCCGAUGGCCGGUGCUGAUAUAAAAGAUGAGGCUGAAUGAGAGCCAGACAAGAUCCUUCCAGGCUCCUGUCACCGUCCAUAGUUACCCGGGCAGGCAGGUGUUUGUGUUUCCCAGUGGCCGCUCCGACUCGGAGGAGUCAGAGGAGGAGCUCAACGUCACGGAACUGCGGCCCAGGGGCAAAGAGCAGCAGCACUGCAGCACCUCUCGGGACAGAGCUGGAGAUGUGGUCCUUCUGGAACGAGAGAUCACAGAGGAUGAUAAUCUUAACAAGCUAGCCCUGCAGUAUGGUUGUAAAGUCGCAGAUAUCAAACGCGUCAACAACUUCAUCCGGGAGCAGGACUUGUACGCGCUGAAGUCCAUCAAGAUCCCCGUGAAGCCCCACGGGCUGCUGACGGAGCAGGGCAGAGACCUGCGGCCGCUGCCCCCCGCGCCCUCUGGCCCCGGCCUGACGCGCGUGGACGUGCCGGAGCCCGACGAGGCCGUGAGCGGCUCUGCCGACGGCCGCUGCCUGAGCGACUACUUCCAGGGCAUCGACCGGAGCAUCCGCGACGCGGUGCAGGCCGAGGCUCAGCUCAGCGCCGAGUUCCGCCUGGAGGGACUGGAGAGGCCGCUGCCCCAGGCGGGGAAGCGGGACACCAGCGACGGGGCGGACUGCGGGAUCCAGUGGUGGAACGCUGUUUUUAUCAUGCUGCUGAUAGGAAUCGUCCUGCCAGUGUUUUAUAUCAUCUAUUUUAAAACGCAGGGCCUGGUGGCCCACACCUCCAACGCAACAGCGACCUCAAAUAUUUCCACCGGGGGAUUGGAAGGGAAGUUGCCACAGAAUUCGGUUGUAGGAAAGAAAUCCUAAGGGGAAAGGAGAGGAGCCCAGCGCAGCCUCCCCCGCCAGCGAGGCCCCAGCCAGCGGCUGCCCGCGGCGGCGAGGAACAGGACUGAGGGGUUUGUGCUGAUGGUGUAAUCCUGAACUUGACUGCAAGUGAGGCAAUGAGAUGUUUAUGGAAGGACGCUUUUGUUGCUCCUAAAGAUUGUGAACUGGUGAGGGAAAGUAUUCUGUAGCAAUUUGCUCACCUUGGUUGCUUUCAGGUAUUUGUUCAUGCCUUGUCUGAGAAGCAAAUCCUUUGGGGUGAGGAGCAGUGUUCAUGUGAUGCGAAAGCUGGGUGGUGUUUGCAUUGUUUGAAAUAGAAGCGAGGGCUCUUCUGAUUCCUCUGAACUGCCUUUUUCCUCCCCUGCAGCCCACAGCAGUUUGAGCACACUUUAACCCCGAUGUGGUGUGCAUUGAGCUGGCUGUGCCACAGCACCAGGGUGCUGCCAGCACCCCACUGCUUCAUUCUGAGCAACCAACCUUCAAGCUGUGCUCACGAGGCUGCUUCCAGCCACCACAGCUCUGGGAGACCCCAGACCGGGUCCCUGAGGCGGGUGUCCCUGCACAGGGAGCUGGCUGUGGGGUCCUGUGUUUGCCAGGGUGCGGGUUGUGUGGCAGGUGGUGACAGCAGCUAGGACCAGGGUGUGAGGACGGCAUCAGGCUGGGAGGCUGCUCCAGCCAGUGUUACUUUUUUUUAAGGAAGAAUAAUAACAGUCCAUAAUGCAGCUCAAACACCCGACUUCAGUCACAGACCCGAGUUCCCUGGUUCAUGGUGUUCAGCCAAGCGAGUGUUGCCAAGUUGUGUUUCGCUUGCAAGGGGCAGGAGAGCAGCCACAGGUUGGGGGGGAACGGUGAAUGCCAGGCAGGCUGGAGCUGCCCAGGGGUCUGUGGUUACACCUGCUGUUGGUAGCAUGGAAAAGCUGCUGUGGGUGUUCAGGGCACUUGUGAGGCCACUGUCCCAAGAGGUGGGGACGCCUGAGCUCUGUGCUGUCAGUAACACUACAUGCUGGGAGCAAGGAGGAACUGGGGCUUUGGGGAGCUUUGCAGCAGAGAAUUUGCCUCGAAAAUGUCAUUGAGCUGCUCCUGGGGGUGCAGGUGCAGGCUCUGGGAACUGAGUCCUGAGUGUGGUGCAGCUCUGUGGUGUGCCCCGGCCGGGCCGGAGGCCAUGUGAUGGUGGAGGUGGGAAAAGUGCUUGCUGGGCUCCCACAAGGGUCCUAGCCCAGAUCUGCAGGUCAGGGCAGAGCCAGGGGUUGUCUCCCUCCUGCCACAGGCCCUGUCCUGCUCAGGCUCUGGGGAAGUGUGAGCUGCUGCUUUUGGUGUGUUGUUUGUUGGAGGCCUCAGUGCCACUGCUGUGUGCAGCCCCGCCAGCAGAGGGGCAGCUGAGCAGGGGCUGCACAGACCCCACUGACAGCGGCUGUGGGACUGGGGCUUCCCAGGCCGGCUGCUCUGUGUGCUGUGGUAAGGACAACAUGUGUUUCCUGAAACUAUCACAGCAGUGCUCAGGAGGCCCUGGGGGAGCUGAAUGUUGUAAAGGGGGACUCCGAAGUAUCUUAUACUGAAAAACACCAAGUUGUGUUUAUUUUCUUCUGUGAAGGAAAUGGAUCUCUCUUUGUUCUAGGGGGGGAAAUUAUUACAUUUUUAAAUGAAGCAAAAUGAAAUAAAAGCACAAGGUUCUACC